AGUAGCAUUACUUUUUAUUCUAGCUUGGGCUUGGUUUCAGAGGAAGGAACAUCAUCUCGAAGAGGGUUCAUUAGAGCUAGAAGGAUGGAUUGUGACAGUAAUAGAGGAUUGAUCGCUUAUUACCGAAGUAGACUGUAUGAGACGGUGAAUGAUCCUUCAAAAGCUUCAAUAGUUGCGUGGAGCGAGAGCGGCAAGAGUUUCAUCGUUGGGGAUGAAGUGGAGUUUAGAAAAGCUGUUCUUCCGAGAGAGUGCCUUGUACACUUGGGCUUUUCACAAUCUCAUGAGCAAUGCGAAUACGCAUGCCCUUAUUUUAUGAGAGGUCAGCCUGACCUUAAACCGUCGUCGCAAGACAAGCUCAUCAGAAAGAUUGAGACCAACAACAAGGGCUUGAAUGAUGGACGUAUUCGCUUUAGCAGCCUUUCGUGCUACAAAGAGAUUUGUAGGCUUGCCAAGAAGGAGCGUCCCCCUUCCUCAUCAAUUCGACGCCCUCCUCCCCUUUUUAUCAGAGGUGUGUACGAUAUGGUGGAUGAUCCUUCAACUGAUUCAGUUGUCUCGUGGGGUGAGAGCGGCAAGAGCUUCAUCGUUUGGAAUGAAACUGAGUUUCUCAGAGAUGUUCUUCCUAAUUGCUUACCCUUCGAUUACAAAGAUAUGACAUCCCUCACCACCUGGUUGCAUGCCAUUGGCUAUAGUAAAGUUGAAGAAUCUGAGCAUUGGGAAUACACAGCCGAUUAUUUGGUGAGAGGUCAGCCUCUCCCCCCUAAUGAUACAUCCCCAUGCACUCCUGGGGGUCUUAUGAUUACUCCAGAACUUGCCAGAAUCAUCGAGAGGUCCUUUGCUUCCCCUAAGGCUCUCAAACAAUAAGCUCUCUAGGUUCUGUUCGGUGGAGUUGCUAUGCCCUCGUGGUUGUUGUUGUUUUCUUAAUCGUAUUUUAUCGUCCUGUUUGAA